AUGCCGAAAUCAAAGAUCAGUGCAACCAAGCACAGUAUAAAGCACAAACAGAGCCAUGCAGCUCUUUCCUAUGAAUCCUCAUCUGAUCAAUCGACAGACGACUACAGCGUUGCAGAAACGCCCGCUCCAGACUCGACAGGUGGGGACUUGCCUGACAACCUCACAGUUGAAGAAGACCAUGGCCUACUUCUUCUUUCUCAAUUACCGACAUUUGACACUAGUCGGCUCUCAUCGAAUACGGGUACCACCGAUCUCGCUGUAUUGAUCCAUCGCCACUAUCGUGCGUUCCGACCUACGGCAUCACUUCCAAACCCUGAUUGGACAUGGAAGAAAGCCACAAAACAAGUGGUUGUGCUGCGAAAAGCGUUUCCUGCAAUCAAAGACGCUGAAAACAGUGUACUAGCCGUGACGGCUUGGUUUCACUUCCUUUGCGAGAUUGAUGACGAGGUCGAACAGAUGGAGAGUUCGGAGAGAGGACUACUACUUGGACGGAUCACGAAGGCGCUGCAGACUGUCAGCGUAGACCCACUCCAGUCGGCGGAAGGUGGACAUGCAAAACUCCUCACAGUCGUCAGCAGCUUCAUUCGGCAAUGCCAAGUAGUCUUAUCACCUCAGGCUCUUACCCCGGUCUUCGCCGACAUCAUCGACUAUAUAGGGGGACUAAAGGAGGAGGCUGCUUACCAAGAG